AUCGCCCGUGGAAGCAAGUCACCCAAGAAUGGUCGGAUUCCGCGACCCCAACCGGCAGCGGCGCUGCACGCUCCGUCGCAGCCUGGUUACCCACUGGCCGGGCGGGAUGGGGAUGGCAUGCCGCGCAGCAGCAACCGCAGCAGAUGGUGGCCAGCACGCGCUUCGCUCCGCAUGGCAGGACGCAGGACAGGGCAUGGCAUACCUUCGUACAUACGGACCAGAGGGAGCAGCCAAAGAAAGCAAGCCCCAGGAAUCAGGACAAGGCAAUUUGGCCAGGGGGUGUCGGCCCAGGGCAUGGGCCAGCCCUCGUCGGAGCUGAGCUUGAGCUGCAUCGCAACACACUCCUCCCACCACACUCCAGCUCACCCCCUCCGACCGACGAGGCGCCCAAUCUCGGGCGGUUGGAACGAUGCCAGACAGCGACACGCUCACUUUCAUGCUCCCUGACGCUUUGGAGUUCGCCCACCUGCUUCCCCCUUUCAUCUCUGCUCACACACGCGCCCAGCCAAGUUCCCACGAGAUUCGGCGCUCUCCGCGAGCAGAGCCGACAGACGUGGGAUAGGAGGCGCGCGCUCUUCGGCAGUACGAAUUGCGGUGGGGCCGUCUCUCCGAGCCACAGCACCGUGCAACCACCAAAGCGGACAUACUGUACGGUAAGUGCCAAACCCCAAAAAACCCACCCCCGUCCAUGAAAUGUACUACGUCGCACAAACGCAGCCCCCGCCUCGAAAAGGAAGAGGAAAUCCGCGUGCAGCCUGAUUUCCGGGCUUUGCACGUGUCGCCAAUCGUCUCCAUCCCACGCCGCUAUAGCUGACGUCGCGGUGAUGGCAUUGCGCGGACCUCCGGGCUUCCCAAGUCCUCUGACGACGGCUACGGGGCGGCGCCGUGCGCAACGGUGGAUCAAGGUCUCCGGGGCGAGCCAGCACC